AUGCCAAAGGCGAUUGCAGCUUCAUCGCACAAGAGGCGACACAACCCCCUCGAAGAUGACAUCCUAGCGACAGGCAUCUUGAAGAACAGGGAGGGCAGGCCCUCUAAGCGCGCGAACAAGAAGGUGGCCGAGGAGGAGAAUUAUGUCGAUUCCAAAGCGUCCAGAAAGAUUCUAGCCAUGAGCCGGGAGCUCAUGGAUGAGGAGGAGCAACAACUGAAGAACAAGCAAGUCACCGUGGCCUCGACGGCAUUUGACUUCGAUCCAUCCCGUAUGGACCAUGACGAGGACGACCAGGAGGAGUUCGUAAAUAAUGAGGAGUGGGGAGAUGAGGACGAGGAUGCCGGUGAUAACGACAACGAAGUCGACGCGGCUGAUCUUGAGAUCUUUAAUCGCUUCGUUCAGCCAACCAUGAAGGAUGAUCCCUUGCUCACGCACGGUUGGGACCAAAAGCCAGCAGACGGGGAGGAAGAAAAGGAGGAACAAACUAAUUUGGCCGAUUUGAUCCUCCAGAAGAUUGCUGAGAAGGAGGCUAUGACGGGAGGGCAAAAUGGGGGCAAUCCUAUCGAGGAAGACUAUGAGAUUCCGCCCAAGGUGGUCGAGGUGUUCACAAAGAUUGGGCUUAUUCUUGCUCGGUACAAGUCUGGCCCAUUACCAAAACCCUUCAAGGUCCUGCCAACAAUUCCUCACUGGGAAGAUAUCAUCCAACUGACACGUCCGGAUCUCUGGACGCCAAAUGCAUGCUAUGCUGCGACAAGAAUUUUUGUCUCAGCAAAGCCACAGGUUGUUCAACGAUUCAUGGAGAUGAUUAUUCUGGAGCGUGUCCGGGAGGAUAUCCAUGAAAACAAGAAGCUCAACGUUCACUUGUUCAACUGUCUGAAGAAGGCCCUUUACAAGCCCGCUGGCUUUUUCAAGGGCUUUCUUUUCCCCCUUGCUGCCUCUGGAACGUGCACGUUGCGUGAAGCGCAAAUCAUCUCUGCCGUUCUUGCUCGUAUCUCCAUACCCGUCCUUCAUUCGGCUGCAGCUAUCAAGACAUUGUGCGAUAUUGCUGCUGAACAGGCCUCUCAGAGGGCAGAGUGUGUCAGUGCGACAAAUUAUCUGCUCAAAGUUCUUCUCGAGAAGCGUUAUGCACUGCCAUGGCAAUGCAUCGAUGCUUUGGUCUUCCACUUCCUCCGAUAUGCCUCGAUGGCCCGUGAGGGAGACGGUGCGCCCAAGGCGUUACCAGUUAUCUUCCACCAAUGUCUCCUUGUCUUUGCUCAACGGUAUCGUAAUGAUAUCACUGAAGACCAGCGCGAAGCCUUGCUGGACCUGCUUCUAACUCACGGCCAUGAGAAGAUUGCUCCCGAAAUCAGGAAGGAGCUUCUUGCUGGGCGUGGGCGUGGCAUUCCUGUCCAGCAGCCCCAACCAACCUUUGAUGGUGACGACACCAUGUUGGUCGACUCAUAA